AAAUCCCAUGUUAAGAUACGAAACGGGUUUAGGUAUGAACUCAAGAAGCGUUGUUGUCUUGGUCCUCACUAUUAUCAUCACAUGUUAAACAACAAGUACUACAUUGGAUAACUACACUUUCCAUUCUUUAAUCAAUUCUUCAAUAAACUUCUUGGUGCUCUUUCGAACAGCGGAACAAACAAAUUAGCACAUUAUCCCCAUGAUGUUUUAUCUUGCGAGACACGAACCAGGUUUUGGUGUGGAAAUGCCACCGUCAUCAAUUCAGGCGUUGUUGUCUUGGACUGCACUAUCAUCACAUGUUAAACAAGUACUACAUUGGAUAACCAAAGACACGAAAACCACACUUUCCAUUUUUUAAUCAAUUCUUGAAUAAACUUGCUGCUUUCCAAAUUUCGUAUAUCAAUAUCUAUCCUAGCUCUUUCGAACAGGUUCUUUCAAAUUCAAACUCUAUGCUGCAAUCCUUCCACAUGACCGCAACAGCCACGCUUUGCUAUAAUCCAUCUAACAAUUUUUUGAGGACAAAUCAGCCUAAACAAAGAUACUUGAAAAACAGUUCAUUUUCUCCUAGUUUAUCUGCUUCAAGAUCAUUCACUUGUGGGUUUGUUCCUUUCAAUCUCUGGGUGAAAAGUGCGAUGGAUGGAUUUGUAAGAACAGCUAACAGAGAUGGAAAGAGUGAUGGACAUAUUGAAGUGCUUGAACAAGAAGCUUUUGUUGAUAGGUCAUCUGAGUCUGAGCCAAAGUUUUUGUUCCAGGAGGUGGAAUCAACUCUUAAUCGACUGAGCAAGUGGAUAGUAAGUGCCCUCUUUGCUGUUUUUGUUAUUUGGAGGCAUGAUGCAGAAGCCUUAUGGUUUGCGGGGGGGUCUGUUUUAAAUGCAGUGCUUUCUGUUUUACUCAAACAACUACUGAAUCAGAAAAGACCUUCAACCGUGAAAUCGGACCCUGGGAUGCCGUCUUCACAUUCUCAAUCCAUCUUCUUUGCUGUCAUGUUUAGUAUCUUGUCAAGUGUUGAAUUGUUAAGUAUCAAUGCACUCACCAUUACCAGCAGUUGCUUGGCUUUGGCAUUUGGUUCUUAUUUGUCAUACCUGCGGGUGUCACAAAAACUUCAUACAGUGAGCCAAGUGGUUGUUGGAGCUGUUGUAGGGUCAAUGUUCUCUAUCUUAUGGUAUUGGUUAUGGAAUGCAUUUGUGUUAGAUGCUUUUGUAUCCUCUUUGUGGGUCAGAAUCAUUGUUGUUUUGGUGUCUGCAGUAUUUUGCUUAGGUUUUCUUUUACAUGUGGUUCGCCAUUGGCUUAAAGACGAAUGAAACUUGAUCACAAUGUGUUAUAUCGUCAACAUUGUACCAUGCUGUAAAUGUAAGAACGUGGGGCAUUUUAUUGUUGAUCAUUGUAAAGUAGAAUCUUGACAAAAUAUGUUUUCAUCAAUUUUUCAUUACGAAUGUUUAGAUAUCAA